CGCCACGUUCGAGCCAUGUUUGGAGCUCUGAUGGGCUCUCCAGCAGAGGGCAGCACAAGCUCAACUCGCAGAUCCGGUCCCAGAGCAGUGAGCGCCGUCAGGAUUACUCCUUUAACAACCAUGAAAGUUUCUCCUGAUCUGAUUCCCUCUGCAGAUUUGGACCCGAGCAGAGUGUGCAAAGGGAAAGGCGUGGUGACCCUGAGGGCGACCCUCGUCCACAUCGACGACGACGACGAGCCGAACGUCGUCACAGCUGCAAGCAGCUGGACCGGCCAGAUUAAUGGAGACGGAUCCAAAGCGGGAGCGGCCGAGGGCGGCAGCAGCAACGCGCCUCAUUUACCUCCUCAGAGCAGCAGCCAGCGCCAGGCCUUUUCACCCAGAAGCAUAAGAGAAAACGAAGCUGCUUCUCCUCCAGAUGCUCUGCACGUCGACCCCUGGGCUCCCGGUUGUGUUUAUCCGCGCUCCAGUUCAGUCAACCCCACCAUCGUCCUGCUGCAGCACAACAGAGAGCAGCAACAGAAUCCGCCUCACUUCGAAGAGCCGGACCCGGACGAAGCCGGCCCCGGUGCCAGCAGGGACUCCGUGAGCCCAGGCUGUGACAUGGACGGGACGAGGCUGCGGUCCCCCGUCCGCGGCCCCAUAAGCAAACCCAUUGUGCCUGUUCGGAACACUGAAAAGUCCAAGGACUGGUAUAAGACCAUGUUCAAACAGAUCCAUAAGUUACCCGAGCCUUUUGAGGAAAACCCCUACCGCCCCACCUACAUUUUCCCCGAGACCUUUGACAUUCGCAUGACCCCGAAAGACGAUGGUCCGACCCCAUUUGUUUACCUGGAAGAUGGUGAGUUUUCUGAACAUCCGUCUGAAGCUGAGCCCGUGACAGCCUCCCCUCCCCGCAUGGCGCCCCCUGACCGACGCACGCCCAGCCCUCCCUUCCCUUCCACUCUCCUUUCUGCCGCUUGUUUUCUCCCAACUUGCAUGCAGGCCAAAACACACGCUUCGCCCCCCCACCCCGUCCAUGCCGAGAGACGCUCGGAAACGCUCGACGCAGAAACACACGGCCGACCGAGAGGAACGGAGGGCAGAAUCUGGCCUGACUGGAGGCUGCUGCCUGUUUCAGCGGGAGGAGAUCUUCCUGUGGAUCUAUCAAUGACUUCUUUGUUUGGUUUGUUGCAGAGUGCCCCCUCCUUCAGCCCUCUGGAAACAGCCUCCGACCUGCAGCAGUACUCCUCUAGCAAGUCUGGACACAACGAGGAGGAGAAGGACGGCGGGUCGUCGUCCGGCGAGCCCGCCGCUCCAGAAUGCGACCGGCACGUUUACAAGAGCGUCCUGGAGGGCGGCGACAUUCCCCUGCAAGGCCUGCGGGCUUUAAACAAGCGCCAAGGCAGCUCCUCCUCCUCUAAAGUGGAUUAUAAAGGUGGGAAUGGCUGUUUAAUUUCACCCUGCUCCUCUGUAAAUAGUCGAACGGUUCUUGCCAGUAAUGCAAUAGGUGACCAGUGUAAGAGUAAGAAGACCCUGUCUGCUGCCAAAGCCUGCAUACCGCAGAUCCUGCCCUCUAAGUUCAAGCCCAAGCUGCUGCCCCCCAGUGGUGACAGCCAGGACUGCAGGACCGAUGGCGCCAGACAGCCCAAGUCUCACAGCUGCGAGGAUAUCUACCCAGGGCGCUUUGGUGAAGAGGAGGACCGGAGCGUCUCCCCUGCGGUGAGACGGAGCGCGUCCGGGUUCUCCAGCCUGUACCGCACCAUGCAUCACAUCCAGCGGCCCAGUUCGGUCGGCUGCAGCCCGCACGGCAGCGUCCGCAGCCUCACCUCGCUGUUUGAGGCGGCCAAGAGCGACGCAGAGAAGUCUGUCGAGACAGUUGGACGGGACAACGUGUCGUCACGGGUCAGCGAGUUCGAAACGAUGAUCCGGCGGUCUGGCGCCGCCCCCAGCCGCUCGUCGUCGCUGUCCGCUCUGGACUCCGGGCGGAACCGCAGCCCCGACCGCGUGGCGUCCGCCGUGUCCGCCGAGGCGCUCCUGACAACCGAAGCCACAACGACGGACGCUAGCGCUGCGGCGGAGGGCGGGAACUCCAGGGUUUCGUCUCCAGAGGACGAGGCAGCUUCAUCGUCGGGGGAUGGACAGGAAGUGGAGCAGAUCCUCAGCGGAUCCAAAACCCCUCCGCUCCACCACCACCACCACCUGCACCACCUGAACCAUCCACUCCUCCUCAAGCCCAGCAAGUGCAAAGGCGCCUGCCCGGCCUCCUACACCCGCUUCACCACCAUCCUGCGCCAUGAGAGGCAGCAGGACAAACCUGCCGCUGCGGAGAGGAAGGCCAUGCUGCCGGGAAACCUCUUCCUCAUGGGCCCGGCGCCCUUCAGGUUACGGAAGAACCCGCAGCCGCACCAAACCCGACGGACGCUGUUGGCCACCAGGGUGACGGCGGGCCCCCAGAGGCCCCUCAUCCCGCGGCGGCUCUCCUCCCUGGAGGCCGUGGAGAAGCUGGAGGGCGGCGGGACGGAGCGGCUGAGUAACGGCCAGGUGUUUGACGCCAACGGGAACCUACUGGCAGCUCACCAUAGAGACUCGUCCCCAGCUCACGGGGAAAGCCAGGAUGAAGCGUUGAGGAAGCGUCAUGGGGACAAAGAGAAAAUCCUGGAGGAGCAGCGGCGGCUGAAGCGGGAACAGGAAGAGGCCGACAUCGCGGCCCGGAGGCACACGGGGAUUGUGCCGACGCACCACCAGUUCAUCACCAACGAACGCUUCGGAGACCUGCUCAACAUCACAGAUAACGCCGAGAAACGGAAAUCAGGCGUCGAGAGAACUCCAGCCAUGGCGCGCUUUGACUUCAGAGCAGAAAGCCUAAAGGAAUUACCUUUUCAAAAGGGGGAUAUUGUGUACAUAAUCCGACAAGUCGAUCAGAACUGGUAUGAAGGCGAACAUCAUGGAAGAGUCGGCAUUUUCCCACGAAGUUACGUUGAGCUCCUGCCUCCGACAGAGAAAGCCCAGCCAAAGAAAAGCGCCCCGGUCCAGGUUCUGGAGUACGGAGAAGCGGUCGCCCGCUUCAACUUUAAGGGAGACACAGUGGUGGAGAUGUCCUUCAGGAAGGGCGAGCGGAUCACGCUGAUCCGCAGAGUGGAUGAGAACUGGUACGAGGGGAAAGUCUCCGGCACCAAUCGGCAGGGCAUCUUCCCCGUCACCUACGUGGAAGUGCACAAGCGGCCGCGCGUGAAGAACGGCGUGGACUACCCAGACCCGCCGGUCAGCCACUCGCCGCAGCGCAGCACCAACGCCUCGCCGCAGCUGUAUCGUAACCGCCUCACCACCUCCCCCCUGCCGCUGCCCCGCUCCCCUCGCCGCUCCGUCUCGCCCGAGGUCCACGCCGUUUCCUCCGAGUGGAUCUCCCUCACCGUGGGUGGUGGCAGCCCCCCCGCCGCCCCGACACCCCCACUGCCGCCGCCGCCCACCGUCUCCUACCGCUGGGGCGAGUACCUGCCCCCGCCGUACUCCGCCAGCCCCGUGCCCUACGUCUCCCCCAUGGCGUCGCCCUCCGCCUCCCCGCUGCCGCCGCCGCACCCGCCGAGGCCCGGCUCUGCCACGCCCUUCCUCACCUUCACUCCGCCGCAGGGGGAGGACUUCCUGUCGCGCAGCGUGAGCCCCAGCGGCGGGCCGGUGCUGGAAGGCUGGCUGAGCGAGGUGGAGAGCGUGGAGGGGGAGCGGGGCCGGGCGGCCAGGGGCAGCAGACAGAGUAGCCCUGCAGAGUUUGUGAAGAACGAGGCCGACCAUCUGGGACGGAUCUCCAGGAGCCCCGUGAUGCCGUACGACAUCCAGGAGAACAACAACGUUAACUCAUUUGCGGAGGCAGUGUGUAAUGAGAUCUUGAAUAUUGCUGAGACCUCAGUGAGGUACUGCAGCACCCUGUCCCACCACCAUAAUGACUCUCUCCAUAGACUGCACCCCCACCCCAGUAAACCAUGUCUCAUCAUUUCCCAGCAACCCCAGUCCCACAGCAGCAGCCCGGAGCCGAGCCGUCUCAGCUGUGGAAUUUUCCAGGCUUUGUACAGUUAUGUGCCUCAGAAUGACGACGAGCUGGAGCUGCAGGAGGGAGAUCUCGUCAGUGUCAUGGAAAAAUGCGAUGACGGCUGGUUUGUCGGCACAUCAAAGAGGACAAAACAGUUUGGGACUUUCCCUGGGAAUUACGUGAAGGAAGUGAAACUGUAACGAAAUCUAAUCUGCCUGUAACACA